UCGCCUGCGCCCAUGGCCCUCGUCUUUGUGUACGGCACCCUGAAGCGGGGCCAGCCCAACCACAAGGUGCUGCUGGAUGGCAUGCACGGCUCGGCAGCCUUCCGCGGGCACGGCCACACAGCCGAGCCAUACCCACUCGUGAUCGCCGGCGAACACAACAUCCCGCGGCUGCUCAACCUCCCGGGCAGGGGCCACCGCGUGGCCGGGGAGAUCUACGCAGUGGACGAGCAGAUGCUCCGCUUCCUGGACGACUUCGAGCAAUGCCCUCGCAUGUACCAGCGCACUGAGCUCUCCGUGCGCGUGCUGCAGUGGGAAGGCCCUGGGCCGGCCGCACCGGGCGCCCUGCAGUGCUUCGUGUACAGCACAGCCACCUACGCGCCCGAGUGGGUGCACCUGCCUUACCUGGACAGUUACGACUCUGAGGGGCAGCACGGGCUGCGCUACAACCCCCGAGAAAACAGAUGAGGGGCCGCCUGUGUGUGCACGCAGAACCUACCAGCGUGCAGCUCCGGGGACCCGUUAGGAAGGCGGCUGUGCCGUCCAGAGCGGAGACCACUGUGUGCCGCUGUGUGGGCAGGAUCCGGAACGACUCAGGUUUUAAUCCCCUGAAAAGGCACGUGGAGAGCUCCCACAGAGACCUACCUCUGUUCUCCUGACUCUCCUUCCCCUCUUCCAUGGCAGGGUGACACUGCCAAGGCAGGCAGGUGCUGGGAGGUGGCUGUGCCAUGGCGACUCAGAACGCCCGGAGUGUAACAGCUGGUUCUUGGGUGACACUGUAAUAAAGAGCUGCAAAAACC